UUUCAUUCCAAGUGACGUGGUCGAAAUUUGUACUUCAUUUUUCACAUUUAGUCCAGGAAAAUUGGAAUUUUCUGGCUAAAUCUUCAAUCUGACUCAGUGGAUCAACUUCCGGAAGACGAGUCUUGAAUCCCGAGGAUGACGACGUACGAGGAGUACAUCCAGCAGAAUGAGGAUCGGGAUGGGAUUCGGUUUACGUGGAAUGUGUGGCCUUCAAGUCGAAUUGAUGCCACACGUCUCGUGGUUCCGCUCGGGUGUCUCUAUCAGCCCAUCAAGGAGCGCCCCGAUCUGCCACCCAUUCAGUACGAUCCCGUUCUGUGCACCCGGACCACAUGCCGUGCAAUCCUCAAUCCCAUGUGCCAGGUGGACUACCGUGCUAAGCUCUGGGUGUGCAACUUUUGCUUCCAACGGAAUCCUUUUCCGCCCCAGUAUGCGGCAAUCUCGGAACAACAUCAACCAGCUGAACUAAUUCCCGGCUUCAGUACAAUUGAGUACACACUGAUGCGGGCUCCCUGCAUGCCACCGGUGUUCCUCUUUGUCGUGGACACGUGCAUGGAUGAUGAGGAAUUGGGUGCUCUGAAGAACUCCCUGCAAAUGUCCCUGAGUCUACUGCCGUCCACGGCCCUGAUUGGCCUUAUUACAUUCGGGAAGAUGGUGCAGGUGCACGAGCUCGCAACGGAAGGUUGCUCCAAGAGCUACGUCUUUCGCGGCACGAAGGACCUCACGGCAAAGCAGAUUCAGGACAUGCUGGGAAUUGGACGAGUACCCGCCGGUGGGAUGCAGCAGCCGCAGCAGCAGCAACCACGUGCACCGCAGGGGCAGCCCGUAGCGCCGGCUAAUCGUUUCCUGCAGCCCAUUCACAAGUGCGACAUGGCCCUAACGGACCUCUUGGGGGAGUUGCAACGUGAUCCAUGGCCAGUGCCUCAGGGAAAACGUUAUCUUCGCUCCACUGGAACUGCUUUGUCCAUCGCUGUGGGUCUCCUGGAGUGUACGUACCCCAAUACAGGGGCACGUAUUAUGAUGUUCGUCGGAGGACCUUGUUCUCAGGGACCCGGUCAGGUGGUGAAUGACGAACUGAAGCAGCCUAUUCGGUCCCAUCACGACAUCCACAAGGACAAUGCAAAGUACAUGAAGAAGGCAGUUAAGCAUUACGAUUCUCUGGCCAUGAGAUCCGCAACAAAUGGCCACUGCAUCGACAUCUAUUCGUGCGCCCUGGAUCAGACGGGUCUGAUGGAGAUGAAGCAAUGCUGCAACUCCACAGGUGGUCACAUGGUCAUGGGGGAUUCCUUCAAUUCCUCCUUAUUCAAGCAAACGUACCAAAGGGUGUUUGCUCGCGAUGCAAAGGGUGACCUCAAAAUGGCCUUCAAUGGGACGCUGGAGAUCAAAUGUUCGCGCGAAUUGAAGAUUGAGGGUGGAAUUGGGUCGUGUGUGUCGCUAAAUGUGAAGAAUGCAUCGGUUUCGGAUUCAGAGAUUGGCAUGGGUGGUACAGCGCAGUGGAAGUUGUGCACAUUGACGCCAAAUAUGGCCAUGGCGUUCUUCUUUGAGGUGGUCAAUCAGCAUGCAGCUCCCGUGCCUCAGGGUGGACGUGGGUGCAUCCAAUUCAUAACUCAGUAUCAACAUUCCAGCGGACAGAGGCGCAUCCGUGUUACCACAGUGGCCAGAAACUGGGCUGAUUCUUCAACAAAUCUCCAUCAUAUUAGUGCAGGAUUUGAUCAGGAAGCUGCAGCUGUUCUCAUGUCCCGAAUGGUUGUUUAUAGGGCUGAAAGUGACGAUGGACCCGAUGUUCUACGCUGGGUGGAUCGUAUGCUCAUUAGAUUGUGUCAGAAAUUUGGGGAAUACAGCAAGGAUGAUCCCAAUAGCUUCCGUCUUGCGGAGAAUUUCAGUUUAUAUCCCCAAUUUAUGUAUCAUUUGAGGCGCUCUCAGUUCCUCCAGGUGUUCAAUAAUUCACCAGACGAGACAACUUUCUACCGGCACAUGCUGAUGCGUGAGGAUCUGACCCAAUCUCUCAUCAUGAUUCAACCCAUCCUCUACAGCUACUCAUUCAAUGGACCACCAGAACCAGUGCUCCUGGAUACGUCAUCAAUUCAACCAGAUCGCAUCCUCCUCAUGGACACCUUCUUCCAGAUUCUCAUCUUUCACGGGGAAACGAUAGCCCAGUGGCGUCAGCUGAAGUAUCAGGAUAUGCCGGAAUAUGAGAAUUUCAAGCAACUCUUGCAGGCUCCCGUGGAUGAUGCUCAGGAUAUCCUUCAGACACGCUUCCCCAUGCCGAGAUACAUUGAUACGGAACAAGGAGGAUCGCAGGCGAGAUUCCUCCUGUCCAAAGUCAAUCCGUCACAGACGCACAACAACAUGUACGCCUAUGGCCAGGGCAUGAUUGGAGCCAAUACGAUGGAUGGUGGGGCGCCUGUUCUAACAGACGACGUGUCUCUUCAGGUGUUCAUGGAGCAUUUGAAAAAAUUGGCAGUGUCCUCUACGACCUAGGGGAGGGAUUCUGCUUGAAUUGAGGUGUAAUCAAUAUUCAAUUAUAAUUAUAAUAAAAAAGAAGAAAAUUUGAGAGUAUUGCUUGGUGGAAUAAAUAAAAUAUUAUUGAAAAUA